AUGACUGAUUAUAUCCGCACCAUUUGGCAAACAUCCGCCUCCAGUACCAUGCCCCCCUCACCUCGUGCUACUACUUCAGUUACUUCAGCGUCUUCCCACCCACCGUCACCGCCCCACAGCUCCACCAUGGCUACAUUCGACCGACCCACGUCCGCCAGGAUCAAGCUCGAGCCACCGGCGUCCCCCCUGCCGCACGUCAUGGACAGCCCCGCGACUCAAGCCCAGCGUCUCGCCCGUGGGCACACGCGCCGCGACAAGCGCAAGCCGCUGGACGCCCUCGAGACGUCGUCGCUCCUGAGCAAGCGGCUCAAGACCGAAGCGCCGCUCUUGGACGCCAGUGGCGAGGAGCGACUGCGGGCCAUGGAAGCGCAGCUCGAGCACUUGGACCCCGAGUCGAAGGAAGCCAAGAAGAAGCGCCGCUUGAUCCGCAAUCGCAUGUCGGCGCAGCUCCAUCGCGAGCGGAAAAAGGCCUACGUGGGUCAAUUGGAGGACCAGUUGCAAGCGAAAGAGCAUCAGCUGAAGGCGCUGCAGGAGCAAAUGGCUGCGAUGGCCGUGGAGAGUGAACACCUCAAGCAGCAGCUCGUGGGACGGCACGAACAGCAGUGUCAGCUGCGCCACCAGCGUGUCCAGGAAGGGCAUUUCGACCAAGUGCCGGUGAAACUGGAGCCGCUCGUGCUGGAGCAGCCCGUGGUCGUGGUGCCUGAUGCCUCGCCGGCUGUGGAUUGGGCAGCUUGUCUUGAUGAUAUGGACGAAGGGAUGGUCGGGGAAGAUCUGCUGUGUGACUUGGACGAGUCGCCGCUGGUUGCGUACGGACUUGGAGCUAGUCGAGAGGAGGAUCCGGCCACUGCUAGUGUCGCAGCUGCUCUGGCUGAGGAGCAGAUGCGGCAAAAAGCGCAGGCUUUGACGCAGUCGCACAAUUGCGAGAUGCAUGCGGCCAAGAAGAAUCUGGCCAUGAUGAUGGCCAUGAUGUUCUCGGUCACGUUCUGUGGACAGAGCGAGCCAAUGGCUAAUGUCACGAGUGGCAGCAACUUUUCGUCCAUGUUCCAUGCGGUGCCGGUGAAGGAGUUGUCGCAGAUGAGCAUUGCGUCACGCAUUGUCGCGUGUCUGGAGAAGACGUCGUGGGAGGACUUUCAAGAUGUGUCGUCCUGGACAGCGUCAGCUGCGAGUGCGGCUGCGGCUGCGGUCGUCGCCGUGUCAGGCGACAAGAGGUCGCGCUCGCCGGCUUCUCGGAAGCCCGCGAACUCGCCAUCGGCGGCGUCGGACGUGACGGACUCGGGAUCGUGUGAUUCCCCCAAGGAGUCGACUGAUGCGGAUAUGAGCUUCGACACGGACUUGAUUGAGGAGUUCGUCUACCCAGUGGACGAGCCGUUUGCACCAGCGCUCGCUGACACCAACUGGUUUGGUGCUGACAGUGAAGAGUUUGGCCAGAGUGACGUCGAGGGCGACGUCAAGCGUGGCUCGGAGUCCAAGACGACGCUGAAGCCCGUGUCGAUGACCUCGCGUCUCUAUGAGAAGCUGACGAAGCUUUGGAACGAGAACAACCAAGUGCUCCUCACGGUGCUGAACGGCAAGAACGAGGUGACUCGGCGUUCAGUCGCUGACAUGAGCGUGAUCCGCAAGAGCAUAUCAACGGGUGCUUUGUUCCCUACGACGGCUACGGCUGCGACAGUCGCUGCGUCGAACGACAAGUUGCUGGAGAAGAACGACCAAUCGGUCACGUUUCUCUAUCCGCUGAGCGCGUUCUCGGAGGACCAGCGAUCGGCUGCUUUCCCGAGAAGCGCUGCUUCAGAUCAAGUAUUCCUGGAGGUGUCGUGCCAGAUCAACGGUGCGGCGAGCUCUGUGCUAUAG